AUGAAGGCCGUCUCGACCAGUGAAGAUGACUCUAACUUGCUCUUGCUUAUUAUCGACACCAAUCCGUUCAUGUGGGCGGAAUCAGCCAAAGCCGAUCCACCGUUUUCGCUUGACGAUGCCUUACGACAGAUCCUGAUCUUUAUCAAUGCGCACCUUGCUUUGAAACACAACAAUAAAGUGGCAGCUAUUGCGAGCCAUGUUGGCCAUAGCAAGUUCUUAUACCCCCUUGCUGGUGGCGAGGAAGCAACAGCGACUGCUAUCAGCAAAGAAAACAACAAACGCAACGCCAACAUGUAUCCCAACUUUCAGUUUGUAACGGAUCAAAUCGUACACAGCCUACAAGAUUUAUUCAGAGAUACGGAUGUAUCCUUCCUUGAAAAAGACACGGGCGUAUCAUCUAUGAUUACGGGUGCCUUUUCAAUGGCUCUUUGUUAUAUCAACCGGAUAACCAAACUUGAUCAACUUGGACAUAUCAAACCUCGCAUCCUCAUCCUCACUCUAUCCCCGGACUCGGCGUAUCAAUAUAUCCCCUUGAUGAAUUGUAUCUUUUCAGCACAAAAGGCGGGUAUCCCGGUCGAUGUAUGUAAAAUCUAUGGUCAAGAGACGGCGUUCCUGCAACAAGCAGCCAAUAUUACUGGUGGCAUUUACAUCAAAGUCAACAAUGCUCAAGCACUAUUACAAUACCUAAUGUUUGCCUUUCUUCCCGAGCGCUAUGCACGCAACUUUUUGAACCUACCCAAUCAAGACCAAGUGGAUUUCCGAGCAGCUUGUUUCUGUCAUAAAAAAAUUGUUGAUAUCGGUUACGUGUGCUCUGUUUGCCUUUCCAUUUUCUGUUCCUGGAUACCUGUUUGUACCACUUGCAAAACCAAGUUUGCUUUUAGACCUAUGAUAGCGCCUGGAGGUAGAAGUAAAUCACAAACACCACGAGGAUCCCCUUCAUUGUCAAGCAGUGGCAACCCAUCACCAUCACAUGCAUAA